UCACAGGCCGGCAGCUCGCCGCCCCAGCCCUCCCUCUACCACCACGAACAUUGUUGUGGAGUGACGUCAGCCCUAGACGAUGCGGGCGGCCAUUACUGCUGGCUGUGUGAUUCCCCCCAGCCAUCCGAGGACAGGGAGACAAGCCCAUGGCUAGGACCACCAGCCAAGCGUAUGAUGCAAUUCCAAUACAGUCCAGUGUGAUUUUAUGUUCCUGCCCAUCCCCUUCAAUGGUGAGAAAUUCCUCCGACUCCAGCUCACCAUCUACCCUGCCUACCUGUGGCAGCAGAUCAGGCUCCAGCAUGGACGUCAAAACAGUGGAGUCGAGAUCUAACUCAAACCCCUUGCAGCAGCCUCGAAAGAAACGACCACAAGACUUCAAGCUCGGAAAAAUUCUGGGUGAAGGGUCUUUUUCAACAGUUGUCUUGGCCAAAGAACUUUCUACAGGAAGAGAAUAUGCAAUCAAAAUUCUACAGAAGAGACAUAUUGUAAAGGAGAAUAAGGUACCUUACGUAACCCGAGAAAGAGAUGUGAUGUCGAAUCUGGACCACCCUUUCUUUGUAAAGCUUUACUUCACAUUUCAAGACGUUGAAAAACUAUAUUUUGGCCUAAGUUAUGCUAAGAAUGGUGAACUACUGAAGUACAUACGAAAGAUUGGCUCAUUUGAUGAAACCUGCACCAGGUUUUACGCUGCUGAAAUGGUUUGUGCUUUAGAAUAUCUACAUGGAAAGGGGAUCAUUCACAGAGACCUGAAACCAGAGAACAUUUUACUUAGUGAAGAUAUGCACAUCCAAAUUACAGAUUUUGGAACAGCAAAAGUGUUAUCAACAGACAAUUGUCAAGCACGAGCAAAUUCAUUUGUAGGAACAGCGCAGUAUGUCUCCCCAGAAUUGUUAACAGAAAAAGCAGCUUGUAAAAGCUCUGACUUAUGGGCGCUUGGAUGCAUUGUCUAUCAGCUGGUAGCAGGAUUGCCACCUUUUAGAGCCGGAAAUGAAUAUCUCCUAUUUCAGAAGAUUAUAAAGCUGGAGUAUGAUUUCCCAGAAAAAUUCUUUCCUAAAGCAAAAGACUUAGUAGAAAAGCUGCUGGUUCUAGACCCUACCAAACGUUUAGGCUGUGAAAAGAUGGGUGGCUAUGGACCUCUUAAAGCACAUCCAUUUUUUGAGAGCAUUACGUGGCAAGACCUGCACCUUCAAACACCACCAAAGCUCACCGCAUAUUUACCAGCAAUGUCAGAAGACGAUGAAGACUGCUAUGGAAACUAUGAUGACCUCCUGAGUCAGUUUGGUUGUAUGCAAGUGACUUCUUCGGCAUCUUCCCACACACUUCCUGUACCAGAAGCUGUUAAGCCCCAGUUGUCUGGCAGUAACAUAGAGCAAUAUAUUCAUGACCUCGACAAUAAUUCUUUUGAGCUUGAUCUUCAGUUCUCUGAGGAAGAAAAACGGCUUCUUCUAGAAAAGCAGGCUGGAGGAAAUCAAUGGCACCAGUUUGUAGAAAACAAUUUAAUACUAAAAAUGGGUCCAGUAGACAAGAGGAAGGGGUUGUUUGCCCGACGACGCCAGCUGUUGCUAACAGAAGGUCCACAUCUGUACUACGUUGACCCUGUAAACAAAGUACUGAAAGGGGAAAUUCCCUGGUCACAAGAACUACGCCCAGAGGCAAAGAAUUUUAAGACUUUUUUUGUCCAUACUCCUAACCGAACAUAUUAUCUGAUGGAUCCUAGUGGAAAUGCUCAUAAAUGGUGCAAAAAAAUCCAGGAAGUGUGGCGAUGUAGAUACCAGAAUCAUCAAACAAGCUGCAUCUAACGGCGCAUCUUCUGUGCAUCCUUCAACCUUCCCUUCAUGCUGCUAAAAACUCCCUGAUUCAACAGAUGAGCUUUACAUAGCAGAACAGAAGAGGAAACAACCCCUUCUCCUGUCACCUUGCCACCAUCUUCAUGGGAAAGCAUAUGUCAUAAAUUAAAAAGAAAAAAAUAGAAAAUUUAUGGAAUUCAGGGUUGCUUUGCUUCUGUUGAGUUACAAACAUGCAUAUCGUUGCAGUGAAGAUCUUACUUAUGUGCACAACCGCUUUAUAUCUUCUGCAGAUUAGUGUAGGCCAUGCUAUGCCAGCUUAAUGUACAGUCAGCAGAAACACAGAUACUUGUAUAUGUGUGCACACACUGACAAAAUCAUAUACAGUAGUCUGGAACAUUAGUUUCUUUUGUUUUUAAGUCUUUAUUUUUUUUUUUUUCUGGAUCAGUUGAAAAAAACAGUGUGAUUGGAUCACUUUUUUAUUUUAUUUUUUUUAAUUAUUUCCUUUAUCUUACUGCUGGAGUAAUGCUCAAUUUGUUGUUAUCUUGCCUUGAAUUGAAGGCAUUAAGAACAACAAACAUUGUCACAAAAAUUUAUUUACGUGGCACAUUCAGUAAGAUCGAAAGUUAUUUUGCAGUUUGUGCGUGUUUGGUUGUGUUUUGUUUUUUUUGUUUUGUUUUUUUAAAUGAUAUCUCCUUGUCGCAAUAUUUCAGUGGUACUUAUGCUUGUAUUAGUACAGGGGAAAAAAAUCAGCUUUAAUUUAUAAAUUUGUAGAACAUGGAUUAGCAGGCUGCAGGGAAAACAAAAUGUGGACCUUGGCACUGAUUUGAACACACACACUGUAUUUUCUGUAAUAUAAGUCUCACUUGAUAGGGCUUAAGAAAAUGUGCCCUAAAAAUGAUCAUCUUAUAUUCCAUAGACCAUAAUUAACCGGUGAAUUAGUUUUGUUUUUUAAUUUUGUUUCCAUUAAUUUGUAUUUCUAGAAGUUUGGUGUGUCUUAUAUUAUGAAUUAUAUCUGCAGGUGGGAUGUAUGUAUAUAUGUGCAUAUAUUAAAUAUACACACAUACAACAAAUCACCUGUAGUGUACUGCGAAUGGGGUGACAUGGCCAGCAGAUAAUUGAUUUCUAUUUAUAAUUGACAUUGGGGAUGAUCUACACACUGAUAUUUAUUAUCUGCUAAGAACAUGUCAAGUUAUGUGUUGAUGCUGGGGUCACCAACACAUAAUAUUGUAACACAGUUUGCAGGUCGAGGGGAAAUGUAGAUGAUCUUCCAAUUAAUGGUCUUAUAGCGCAGUUUUAGCCUCACAGUUUAAAAUACAUUUUUUAAUACACACUGACUUUAAUUAUAUAGUUGCUGCCUGUUUUUAGUACCAAACAGUCUGAUUUAUUCACAGAAAUAAUAUACUAUUUGGAUUUUAAUAGGCUAAGCAUGUAUUCUGGAAAGAAAGGAGUGGGGGGGUUGGGUGGGGAUGUUUUUUUU